UGUGUGUUUUUCUAUUUCUCUCCACCAAUUGUGGUAGAGUUUGUGUGAUCCAACCAGCAUAUAAACCAUAGAUUUUUAGGAAGAGUUGUAGUAUUUUCCUGUCAGUCCCAGCCUUGAACACUUCGUACGUUUGGGAUACAAGUUCGCAAAAAUGGAUUCAACGAUGCUGUUGUUGUGUGUUGUGACUUUUGUAAUAGUUGGUUAUUUUUAUGCUAAAAAGCAGUACAGAUAUUGGGCAGAUCGUGGAAUUCCCUAUGUUAAACCGAAAUUUUUGAUAGGAAAUCUUGGGGGUGUGGGCUCGUCUAUGCAUAUCAGUGAAAAAUUGCAAGACAUUUAUAGAGAAUUGAAGGGAAAAGAAGUGUUUGGAGGAUUAUUUUUUCUAACAAAUCCAACUGCAAUUGCACUGGACUUGGAUUUUCUCAGAAAUAUUUUGGUGAAAGACUUCCAGUACUUCCAUGACAGAGGAGUCUAUAUUAAUGAACGGGAUGAUCCCCUAUCUGGACACCUCUUUUCACUCUACGGUCAAAAGUGGAAGAUCAUGAGAGCAAAGUUAAGCCCUACAUUCACAUCCGGAAAAAUGAAGAUGAUGCAUAGUACGAUAAUAGCAGUGGCAAAGGAAUUUGAAAAAGUACUGGAACCCUUUGCAGCAAAACAAGAACAAAUUGAAAUGAAAGAAUUCCUAGCACGUUUCACAACGGAUGUUAUUGGAAGUUGUGCCUUUGGAAUCGAAUGUAACAGUUUGAAGGAACCUGAUACAGAAUUUGGUCAAGUCGGGAAGAAACUUUUUGAUUUUAAAGGUCUUCGCGUAGCAAAGCAAUUUUUCCUUCUAACGUUUCCCAAAAUUUCAAAGACACUUCGAAUGGAAAUAACAGACAGGGACGUUGCAAAGUUCUUCAUGAAACUUCUAAGAGAUACCAUUGACUACAGAGAAAAGAAUAAUGUGAAGAGGAAUGAUUUCCUAUCUCUUAUGAUCCAACUAAAGAAUACCGGAAAGCUGGAAGGAGACAAUGUGAAUCUAGGACAAAUAACCUUUGAAGAACUAGCUGCUCAAACUUUUCUAUUCUUUAUUGCUGGAUUUGAAACAUCUUCAUCUACAAUGACUUUUGCUCUCUACGAAUUAGCUCUUAAUCAGGAUAUUCAAGAUCAUGUGAGGGAGGAGAUCAGUUCUGUGUUGGAGAGGCAUGGGGGUGAAUUCACUUAUGAUGCUUGCAUGGAACUUAAGUAUCUUGAAAGGGUUAUCAAAGAAACAUUGCGAAAGUACCCGAUUGUUGAUAACCUCCUCAGAGUGGCAACCAAUGAUUACCAAGUCCCUGGAACCAAUCAUGUCUUGAAGAAAGGAAUGUCAGUUAUCGUACCUGUCUACGCAAUUCAGCGAGACCCAGAAAUCUAUCCGAAUCCUGAGAGAUUUGAUCCGGAUCGUUUCACCGAAGAGAACAUCAAGAACCGACACCCCUAUGCUUGGCUUCCAUUUGGAGAAGGUCCCAGGAAUUGCAUUGGUAUGCGAUUUGGAUUGAUGCAGACAAGGGUUGGCUUGGCAACAAUCAUCAACAAGUACAGAGUUAACGUAACUCAAAAGACACCUAUCCCUAUGUCCUUAAAUUCGAGAUUUGCAUUCGUGACCCCAGCGAGUGGAAUGUGGUUGAAAUUAGAAAGGCUUUAGAGUGACACCCGUGUAUAAGACUUUUAAUACAUUCUUAUAUUUCGUAUCUUAAAUUACUUUUCAAACUUUAUAUAGUACCAAAUCUUAUCAAUGACUCCCGUAUUUGUGUUUUUGUUUUAUGUACAAAAAAUAUACCUCAUCAUGAUUACUUGAAAUAUCUCUCUGAAAUAUCUUUUGCUUACGUUUUUUUUUAUCGGUCGCUAGCCAAAAUCGAAAUACAAAAUUUUACCAA